UGUAUAAAACUAGAAAACAUUAAUUGACAAUAGCAAACCAGAGAACAUAAAAUAAUCUCUGAGUAAACCAAGUAAUUCAUAAUGGUUAAUGAAAGUUUGAUUAGAACUUAGAAUUAUUUUAAAACCUAUAACUUGCUUAUGGGUAUUAAUAAAAAGUGGAUUUUAUAUUGAUGUGGAUGUAAACGGAGGAAGAUAAACCCUCUUAUGUGAAUAUUGUUGUAUGAACCAUGGUAUACAUUUAUAUCGUUACUCCCGCUGUGCCAAGGUGUGAAUUACUUUGAAUGUAGUGGGUGUUAAGCCACCAUCAGCAAUGGAGAUACCAUAAAGAUCUCAUUAGAACGAUUCCAAGGAAAUGAGCUUACUUAUGAGCUUACACAUUUAAGGAAAUUAAUAUACACAAUACGUCAAUUACGGGACUCGGGACUCGGGAUCUAAAUCAUUUUGGAAGCUGUAAAAAUAUAUAUAUGCAUAUACUUGUUUAGAAAUGGCCAACAGUGAAGCUAGUGUAAACAAUCUGUGGCUUUUGCUUUUAUGGGCGCAUACAUGCGUGUGCAAGCAAGAUAUUUAAUUAUUUGAAGCAAACAAUGGCAGUUUGGUAUACAUAUCGCGCGUGUAUUUACAUAUGUGGAAUGGCACAAUAAAAAAAUAAAAAUACAGAAAGUUACGAAUUCUUAAUAUUCGGAAUGAAUCAAAUGGAAAUGUGCUUGAAAGAAAAAUGACUACCAUUUUCUGAGGAGCCAUAAGCUGUACAAAUUUAUACUCUAAUCAUAAUUGAAAUUAAAUAAAACUUAAAUAUAUCAUGGAGUUCUCAAUACCCUUAACAUGCUCAGGACUUACCGUGGGGAUAUAAGAGUGAGAAAGAAAACUAGCAUGUUGCAGUGGUAAACUUAUUUUUCCUGCUGGCUUUGUUCAUAUUUAUUCAUGUUGCAUUAGCAUAACAUGAAACUUGCAAUAAUAUAAUUCAAGUUGAUCUGUUUUAUGAGAAUUGUAAUUUAGUUAGAAAUAUAGACGUCAACUUCAGGAAGAUAAACUCGAAUAUUAGCGAUAAGAAGUUGAGUAGAUUAUGUCGAGUUUGAUGAACGAAAGUGGAACUUCUGCUGAAUUACAAUUUAAUAACAUAGUGGCUGUAGUAUCUGCAACAUCGACGGCAGCAGUGGCUGCAACUGCGCUUGUGGGGGCUUCAAAUCAAAUGAAUUCCAAAAACUUAAUUAUGCAACGUGACAAGUCCGAGACACCUGCAAUUAGCUGUUCUGACGACAUGGUUAGUACAAAUUCUGCGAUCGAAGAAGAAACCCAAUUUAGCGAUACCAGAGGGGGGAUAAAUCUAUCAUUAAUGCAAAACUCGCCUCCACCCCAUAGUUACCGACAUUCGCGUGCCUAUCGUCAUUUUAAAAAUCCACCACAACCACAUAUGUGUAUUCGCACAACCUCAGAAUCAGGUGAAGAACUAUUUAUUAAUGUACUUAGUUGGACGAGAAUAGUGAUACCACAAGAGCCUACCGACCCUAUACCAUUAUAUGGAGGAAUGAGGGUCCCUCCAGGAAGUCCUAGAAGCCCGCCUAUUGUGUUUGCUGUUAUGGCAAAUCCCGAAGUUUUAAAGGAUUCUGGGCGUCACAGCAAAGAUCCAGAGGAACGCAGAGCUAUGGUUGAAUUAAUGUGUGAUUUUGUAGAAGCAAUGAAUCCUGGUCUUAAAUUAGUAAGGAACGCCAUUAUUUUGAAGGAUAGGGAUAUAUCUGGAGAACUAAAAGAUGUCUGGAGUGCGGUGCAAGCCCAAAGAGAUCGAGAAAGGGAGGAACAAAUUAUACAACAACGACAGCAGCAUCACUUUCACAGCAUCACCACUCAACAGAUGUUUCCAAGGUCUACUGAAGCUGUACGAAUUUCCGAACAGAAACAAAUUAAUACAGUAUGUACAGAAAAUUCGGAUAAACUUUUGUUGGGUAGUUUAGCUGAAAAAUCCUUAAAUAAUAGAACUGUUUCUGUGCAGUCAGAUAGUACAAAUACAUCUGCCGCAGGUGAUGUCACCGUCCAUAUAAAGGACACUGUAAAAUUAAAACAACCUCAAGAAACGUAUGAGAUAUGUGCUAAUAUCGCAAGUGGUGGUAAUGAUGAUAUUUUAAGUGACGGAAAGGAUCAAACUGAUGCAACUAAUAAAUUAUCUGCCACAACCGAUAUUUGCGAUAAUAGAAAAGUAUCUGUCAAAACACUUUCUGGCCCUCAACUUAUAAUCGGAGAAGAAAAAAGUAAAAGGAAAGGUGUUGAACAUAUUGAUAGUCCUUCGCCUUUAUCAUCUAGCACAGUACUCACAAUAGAAACUCCCGCUAUAAAUAACAUAGGUACAAGUUCAGGACUCACAUCUUCCAAUCAUAUAAAAAUGAAUACAACGGUUUCCCCCGCAGUAUCCGCAUCAACUAUUACUAAAAAAGAAAAAUUAGUUGGGUUUUUACCUAAUGGAUGUAUAUUCCCACGUUUCAAGAACUAUAAAAACAAAGAAAAAGAUAAAGAUAAAGAAAGCAAAUCGAAAGAUAAAACUUUACUCAAUGCUUUGAAAAAAAGCAAAGACAAAAAAGUCGCAAGUGUUGAGAAUUGUGAAAAAUCUUCAAUGGACUGUGAUCCAAAGAUAAAUUACGAAAAAAACUGUAUUAGUUUAGAAAAUGAGAUACAACAUUUGGAUCUCAAUAAAAUCGACACAACCACAAGUGGUGACAACAUGUAUGCUAAGUUGAAAAUCCCUGCUACUUCGGCGUCAGCAAAAUAGAUAAUUAAUUCUUUUGUAUUAUUUUCCAGUUAGAUGCACAUAGAUACAUUAGGCAUAUACAGUGACUCACACGAUUGAUCCCGCUUUAUUCUUUUGUAUUAUUUUCCAGUUAGAUGCACAUAGAUACGUUAGGUAUAUACAGUGACUCACACGAUUGAUCCCCCUCCAAUCCUCGUGCGAGAACCAAUCAGCAACUCUUGGUUCCUCGCACAGUCUGUUCCGUGUAUCAGACCGUCAUACAUCGGAAUGUUACAUCAGUCGAGUGCAAUUCCUGCACUGGCUGGUGCCACUUCCCGGCGGUUUCCGGCCUGCGCACCAAACGUGAGUGGAGUGAAUCCUACGUUGCCCCAUGCUGCAGGAGUCUGCCCCCGGAACACACUACAGUGGCGUCGCCAACCAACACCCCAGCGCGACAACCGCCCCUGCGGGUUCUGCAGCUGCAACACACAUCACCUGCACGUCACUCCCUCACCCCCAGGAUCAUUCACGGACACCCGCGACAAACCAGGAUACUUCAAUUUAACUGCAACGGACUCCAGA